CUAAGAAAUUUCUGAUAUAGUAAAGUUCUAUUGUCAGUUCUGAGAAAUUUCAGACAUAGUAAACAUGAAGUACUCUAUGCGAGAAUUGGCCGGAAUGCUGGACAAAGAUCUGGACACGAAGCUGGUCAUCCCAUACUGUCACCAGAUUUCUGCUACAGACUUCUGUCAGCAUGCCUGGAUACGGGACAUCCUCAGACCAUGGGUUGAGAUGUACCACAGAGAUCCAAGCCUGGGUAAUAUGAGUGAUGAGUAUGACUAUGAAGGAUUUGAAUCUCCGUCCACUGGGCCCGAGUACAAGAUCCGUCAGGUGGUGUUCCGCUACGUGUUUGCCGUCUUUCUCCUCCUGGGCACCAUUGGGACAUUUCCCUGUAUUGUGCUGCUGAACCGCUACAGUCACACCGUGUGGUCCACCUGUGUAUACCUUUCUCUCCUCCUUGGCAUCGACCUCGUCAAGUUGUACGUCCAUUGUGGGAACCAGUGGUUCGACGCUGUAGCCGAUGAAAAUCUCAGCUGGAACAUACUCGUCAUUUCAAAUUCCGUCUGCAAAGUGUACACAUUUCUCAUAAGUUUUUUAAACCAUAUGUCAUCAUGGAUUGUCGUGGCGGCUACUGUGGAAUUACUGAUAGCGAUACGGUUCCCACGGCACAUGUAUGUGAUGUGUACGCGUGAGCGGUCCCAAGCCGUCAUUUUGUUUAUCAUUGUUCUACUGAUCUGCCUCAAUCUUCACUUCUUCUGGACGGUAGGCCUAACCUUGCCUGGUCAAUCCCCGGAGAUUGUUAUACCAUUCUGUCAUAACAACUAUGAACUGUCCGAAGAUUUUCGCAACAUCAUCUGGCCUCUUGUUGAAUUCUUCGUCCAAAAUGCAAUACCCAUGAUAUCUGUGUUUUCGUGCCUCUGUGUGUGUUUCUGGCAUGUUGUCCAGAACUUGGGACAAAAACGCAGCAAAGACGAAGUAGAAUCAUUGCUUGGAAAGUAUUUCUUGGAUUUAAAGACGCUCCAUGAAAUGAAAAAAGCGACAGUGCUUUUGUCUUUGUAUUUCCUGAUGAACUCAUCAUGUAUGGUAAUCCAAGCAGUCUUCAUCAAAUUUCCCAACGUGGAUUUAAAUUUUGCUCUUUUUGACACAGUGUUGCGGACAAUGGAUUAUGCAUAUUUGAGUUUAAAGCCAUACAUAUUUAUUGUGUUUUGCCGGAAGCUCAGACAGGAUAUGGUGAACACCUUUAAGAACUGUCAGUCCAAACACUACCAGGUCUCGGCCAGGAAACGAGCCUCCUCCAUUGAAGUCGACCGCUCCACAAACUCUGUUAACAACUCUGCUGGUGCACGUCCGAAAAUCUACAGAGCUACUGGCAUUGGUACUUCAACUGGAGUAUAAAUCGCAGCACUAAAUGUGUACGAAACAAACUCCAAUAAUAAUAUCAUAUGUACAUAGAAUCUUUUUCAUUAAGAAGGAUGGUAUGCCAUAUGGAAUCUGUUAAUGUAUGUGUAUGGAUCUACAGCGAUGGCAUUCAUGUCACAUAGGCAUGUCCUGAGCAACAAAUAUGAAUAAGCAGUAUGAAUGCCAUAUGGAUGUCACCAAGCCAUGUAGGAAAGUAAUGAAUUACAAAUAUGGAUUACAAGUAUGGAUUACAAGUAUGGAUUAGUAUGGAUUACAAGUAUGGAUUAGUAUGGAUUACAAGUAUGGAUUACAUGUCUGGGUGUCAUCAUCAAUGUGGGACAGUAGUCCAGGCACACAAGUAAGGAUUAUCUGUAUAGAUGUCACCAAGCCAUGUGGGAAAGUAAUGAAUUACAAAUAUGGAUUACAUGUCUGAAUUACAAGUAUGGAUUACAUGUCUGGAUGUCAUCAUCAAUGUGGGACAGUAGUCCGGGCACACAAGUAAGGAUUAUCUCUAUGGAUGUCAACAGGCCAUGUGGAAAAGUAAUAAAUUACAAAUAUGGAUUACAUGUAUGAAUUACAAGUCUGGAUUACAAAUAUGAAUUACAAGUCUGGAUUACAAGUAUGGAUUACAAGUGCAGAUUACAUGUAUGGAUAUACAGAUAUGGAUUUCAUGUCUGGAUUACAAGUAUAGAUUACAACUAUGGAUUACAGGUAUGGAUUACAAGUAUGGAUUACAAGUGCAGAUUACAAGUAUGGAUUACUUGUCUGGAUUACAACUAUGGAUAACAGGUAUGGAUUACAGGUACAGAUUACAAGUGCAGAUUACAAGUAUGGAUUACAAGUAUGGAUUACAAGUAUGGAUUACAUGUAUGAAUUACAAGUAUGGAUUACAUGUCUGUAUUACAAGUAUGGAUUAAAAAUAUGGAUUACAUGUAUGGAUUACAAGUAUAGAUUACAAGUAUGGAUUUCAUGUAUGGAUUACAAGUAUGGAUUACAGGUAUGGAUUACAAGUAUGGAUUACAUGUAUGGAUUACAAGUAUGGAUUACAAAUAUGGAUUACAUGUAUGAAUUACAAGUAUGGAUUACAAGUAUGGAUUACAUGUAUGGAUGUCAUCAUCAAUGUGGGAAAGUCAUGGAUUACAAGUAUGGUUUACAAGUAUGGAUGUUACCAUGCAAUGUGGAAAAGCAAUGAAUUACAAAUAUGGAUGUUACCAAGCAGAGUCAAAAUUUAGUGAAUACAAAAACAGGAUUUAUCAAUAUGGAAGUCACCAAGCAGUAAUGAAAAGUAGUCAAUAAAUUUCCAAGGAAAUUGACAAUCUUUAGAUAUAAGUUUUAUCAUCCAUAAAUAUCAAGUGACAUGAAGCAGUGCAGCAGCUGAGCCAGAGGAAUAUACACAGUUCCAUACUUACAUUGGAAUAUUUUAUUUACAAACAUUUUCAGAGACCAGAAUAUUUAUUUAGCAUGUAAGAUAGUUUUGUACAUAAUGAAAUUUAUUGUUUCAUUUUAUUGUGGAAAACUAUAAAUACAGUAUAGAGGGUUGUUUCAAUGUCAUGGAGUUGGUAUUUUAUCGUAAUGGAUACCAAGGCAAAUGUCGUCACCAUGGUAACAGAACAAUAAUUUAUGUAACAAGAUGAUGUGUUGUCCAUUAGAUUGACAGCCAAUUCUAUAUCUGAAGGCAAUACACAUCUAUCUAACAUACAAUCACAAAUAUCCAAACUUUUAAUUGUUUCAAAAUAACCAGAAGUAAAUCAUAGACCCAUACUAUCAUUACAUGGCAAAAAUUGAAAAUGAAUGUCUAUCUAGACAGUUUGUAAGGAUAGAAAAGGAGCAGUGUGUCUGUUUUAACAAACACGAGUGUGGGUGUCUCCAAUCCUUGACCUUAAUUAAGUAAGCAGUGAAAAUCAGACCUCAACAAAUUUGAGAGAUCACUUCAGCAAGAUGUGACAAUUUGGCUUCUAAGCUUCUGCUUUUAAAAAUAUUUCAGCCAUAAUUAAUACAUAAUCUAUCACCUAAUAUACCUCAUAUAUUACUAACGAAAGGAUACCAAUGUUCAAAGUCAAAACCUACUUAACCCCUGUGACCUUGAUCACAUGACCCCGAUCUUAUGACCCCUGACCCUUGUAACUUUUCUGACUUCAAAAUUACUCAGUACUGUUCUCAUCCAUUUUCUGUCGAUGCAUCUACAUUGAAACAUGUUUAUAACACAUUUCAGGGGACUUAAUUCAUUAAAUGCAGUAUAUUUGUCAUGUUUGACACCAAUAUGACCUUGUUAGAACCAAACAUGUACUAAGCAGGUUUUACUGUAGAUUUUUAGGUAAACCCAAAUGGUAAGGAGACCUAUGGUCAGUCUGUAUAAGGUCUGUGAAAAUCACAAUAAUGCCUUUGACCUAUCUUUUGUAAGAUCUAUGAGAAAAGCAGUGAGAUAUAUUUACCUAUGUUUGUAAGAUUUGUUAAAAUGGUGAUGAGACCUUUCAUCUAGUUAUAAAAUCUGUGAGAAAGGUGAGUUAGAACUCUGACCGUAACGUCACAAUCCUUGUAGAGAGAUUUAAGAUAUAUUCCUUUAACAUUUUAACUUUUCCAGAAGCUUCAAUCAGUAAUUGAUCCAAGCUCAGUUGAGAUGACCCUCCUAAGGAACACGAUGUCUGAUCUGUCUAGCCUUUUUAUUGUUAUUUGCUCAAAUUUUAUUUUAUCGAAGAAAGUGGUUUGAUAUUUCACUACCAAAUUCAUAAGCAAGUAUGUAAUAAACUUUUCUAUUUUACAAUCCUGAGACACUUGAACCUCAACAUAUAUAUAGAAAUCAGGGCCACUUCUCAUGCCCAAACUCAGACUUUGUGCUCAAGCUCGGUUUCUGUAAUUCCAGUGAUAAUUUAACCAUAAAUUACAUUUUAUCAAUGAUUUGGGUGCCUGUUUGACAGCUGAAGCCAAGUACUAUUUUCAAAGCCUAAACUGAACACUUUGGACUGUGGCACAUGAAUUUAAGCAAGUUACAAGAAAGUUGGUUCGAGCUCAGAACCCAUGCAUGAGCAUGAGAGCGGUUUCAUGAAUACGGGCCCAGGAGGCCAUUUAGAUUAUAUCAUACAAGGAGAACAAUAAAAAUGAUGUCUUUAAUACACUCAUUAUAAAUCGUUCACAAAUUCAGAUAUUUCAUCAUAUAUACCAAACCAACUCUCUUCUAAACCUACCCUUACACCCCUGAUUUUUGAACUUGAGUCAUUCUUUACCUUUGUUCUGGUCCAGUCCACCCUAGCCUUGGGUUGACCACUCCAGUCAUCAUACACAGUGCCUAUACCAUUUCUACUGAAGGACAUUUUCUUUUAGAUAUACUAUCUCUAUGAUGUUUGUAUCAAUAUUGUUUCAUUGUGUUAUAAGUUUAUUGUUUGCUAAUCUCAUCGUAAUAUUAAAAAUCUAGAAAAUACAGAGUUUGUUUUUUGUAUUCAAUUUCGCAAGAGUACAUACAAAUGUUCCAGAAGAAAACAGCUGUAGUAGAAAUACCUUAGAAAAGUAUGUAUGUAUAGCAAUAUAGAAUUGCCACCAUGAAACAUGACUUACUAAUUAAACUGUCUACAUAACCCUACAUGUAAACUGUACAUUUGUUCACCCAAUCAAAUAUUUGCAAUCAUCAGUAAAAUCUAUGUUUGCACAGUGUUAAUUUCAUCUUUCAUAAAAAAUUAUGCAAAUACUACUUAUAUCAUGCUGCAAACUUAUAUUCGCUCUGGUGAUAGAUUUGCCCUCAUUGCAGUGGUCAAAAUGGCUAAAUUGUACUGCAGCAAACAAUUUCCUGUGGUGUAUUGUUGCUAUGUGUUACUUUUUAAGGAGGUUGUGAAAUGGUGAAUACUGUGAGUGUAUUGUUAUUAGGUGUUACUAGCAGG